UAAAAUUUAAAAUGUCCACUAUCACUCAAAAAAACAACCAAACGUGCCAGAACUGCACCUACCACCACUACUACCACUGCCUCAGCUUCCUCUUCAGUUGACCUAGUCAUCACCGAAGAAGAUGCCGAAGAUGAUCUCGAGUCAAUUACCGAGACUCCCAAGAAAGGCCAAAGGUAAAGGAAAACAGUGGUUGGCCACCGAGAAGGAGGAAUUGUGUGUCUCUUGGGUGAACACUUCGAUUGAUCCGGUCAAAGGAUCGGAUCAAAAGCUCAAGACAUAUUGGAGUCGUAUUCACGAGUGUCGUGAGAUGAAGAGAGAAUAGAUAUAAGAUAAGAGAAAAGGUAAGAACACAGAGAAAGUCCGUUAGAACUUGUAUAGGCUUUUAUUUC